GAAACUCAUACUGUAAUGGAUAUUGGCGAUUUAGUACCGAAAUCAGCACAUUUUGAAUGUAAUACAAAUGUUUACAAUGAAUUGGGAAUUCCACAAACGCUUGGCAUUGACUUUGAGCCGAAAGGCAAUUUCACAUUUACCUGGGCUUUGGCCGUGGACGACCAAAACGAACAUGUCUUGUGCGCCAACCACUUCUUCUAUAUCAAGGAACUCAUUAAACGAACACAUUAUAGUUAUAUUCAAUCAAAUGAAGUGGACAUAAGUGUAGAUAUGUUUCCAAUUCACGACUCGUUUCUAACGGUUAUGGAUGUCAUUUACUCGGAAAUGGAUGCACAGAUGGCUAUAAUGGGAGGCAUAUAUGCGACCACAAAAUCCAAUUCCUUACAAGAUCUAAACUACAAUAAAAUACCGACAUUUGGUCAUCAGUUAUGGAUUGUAAUCAACGCAAUAUAUCUAUCGCGAAUGGAUUACUCCAUAUUAAUAGCAGUCUUACUAUUCUUCAAAAAUCCGUAUUCUGUGAUCGAUUCCGUCGAAGAAUUGGACGCAAACCCAGACUUAAUUCCUAUGCUAUUCACUGCUGAGGCAGAUAUUGAAAGUCUAAAAAAUAUUCCGGAAGUCAGUAAUGCAGUGAACAAAGCGCUGGAAAACUAUUUGGGAUACGAUUACGAGAAGUUGUUUGAUGGCAUUAAUCAACACAUCAAUAAUAUAAGUGUUUUAAAAACACACGUAUUAUUGGCCUCUAAAUCGGAUCUCCAAUUCAUUCGUGACUUAAAUAAAGUGCUUUACAAGAAAAUAACUCACGUUUCAAAACAAUUAUACGGCAAUCGAAUCAGUGGUCACGUGGUUCAUAGAAAUGUCGACAAAUUUAUUGUCAAAACUUUCAAACAAAUUGUAUCUGAGAGUCGAGAGAUGGGCUUUUUGAACAAAUGGCUCGAAGCGGGUCUUCAGCAAGCGUUUGAAAUCUUUGUUAACAAAUCAUUUGUCUUUGAGAUUCAAGAACCCAAUCCUUAUACUAUGAAUUUGGAUGAAUUCAAAAUAGCCCUGGGUCCUUACUUAUUGGGAAUUCUCGGGGCUUUGUUUCGACUUUUUUGGGAGAAUCUGAGCCCUUAUGACGAAGAGGUGCAAAAAAUGCAUAAAAAUGAGUUCAAUAAUGAAAAGCGUCGGAAAAAAGAAUACUUAGUGGCCUUAGACUUGUCCCAAACUAUGCCUCCUUUCUAUUCAGCAAACUUUGAAUGUGUUUUCGGUUUAUUAGACGACAAGAAGAUAAUCCCACAAAAGUUUGGCUAUGAUUUUGAGCUGAGGGGCAAUUUCACAUUCACCUGGCCAUUAGCUAUGGACGACCUGGAGAUGAAGGUGCUCUGUGCCAGUCAUCUAUUUCUCAUCAAAGAGUUGGUCAGAAGAACACAAUAC